AUGCCUCCUUCCUCCUCUUCCUACAUAGCUUACAUCAUCCUGGAACUGAUCAUCGCAGUGCUGGCCAUCCUGGGGAACAUCCUGGUCUGCUGGGCCGUCUACUUGAAUAGCAACUUGCAGAACGUCACCAACUAUUUCGUGGUGUCCCUGGCUGCUGCUGACAUUGCCGUGGGUGUGCUGGCAAUCCCCUUUGCCAUCACCAUCAGUACUGGCUUCUGUGCCUUCUUCUAUGGCUGCCUUUUCAUUGCCUGCUUCGUCCUGGUCUUGACUCAGAGUUCCAUCUUCAGCCUCCUUGCAAUCGCCAUUGACAGAAUCAUUGCGAUCCGCAUACCCCUCAGGUACAAUGGCUUGGUGACUGGCUCUCGAGCCAAAGGGAUCAUUGCCAUCUGCUGGGUGUUGUCUUUCAUCAUUGGCCUGACGCCGAUGCUGGGGUGGCACAACCGUGCCCAGAUUGAAGAGCUGGGUUCCAAUAAGUCCUCUCUCAUCAACUGCAGCAACAGUAUGGUGGCAUGUCUCUUUGAGGCUGUGGUCACCAUGGAGUACAUGGUCUACUACAACUUCUUUGCCUGUGUGCUCUUGCCCCUCCUCCUCAUGUUUGGUAUCUACUUGAAAAUCUUCAUGGCAGCCCGGCGACAGCUCAAGCAGAUGGAGAACAAGAUGGUACACGGGGAACGUUCUCGCUCCACUUUGCAGAAGGAAGUCCAUGCAGCUAAGUCUUUAGCCAUCAUUGUUGGGUUGUUUGCAGUCUGCUGGCUUCCAUUACAUAUUAUUAACUGCUUUACCCUUUUUUGCCCAAGUUGUGCCCAUGCUCCCCUCUGGCUGAUGUAUCUGGCUAUUAUCCUGUCUCAUGCUAACUCAGUUGUAAACCCUCUAAUUUAUGCCUACCGAAUCAGGGAGUUCCGAUACACCUUCCGUAAAAUCAUCAGCCAGCACAUCCUGGGCCGCAAGGAGCCGUUCAAGGCAGGAACAGCCAGCUCCAGGACUUCCACCCACGGUGGGGAUGCAGAGAAUGCCAGCAUACGGAUCAGCGAGUAUGCGUUAGAGGUAUACACCAACGGAGAAAUCCACAGGGAUCCUGAAAAGCAGGACUUAAAAAAAUGCAAAGCUGGCUUGGAAUGGCACAAGAAUGGAAAUGCUCUGGACCUGGAGACAAAUGGGCAUCUCCCACAUUCCUGCAAAAAUGGGAUUCUCUCUGAUGCAUGCCUGAACAGGGAGCUUCACAGUGAAGAGCUAAUUGAUGCCCGGGUCUCUUACUCAGAUCUGGAAAGAGCAGCCUUUGCUGCAGCUGAUGUUUCCUGA